UGUCAGAUAAGGCCGCAAAUAAUACCAUUAUAGUAUGACAUUAACAACACAACCAUAGCCAUAGGACUUAGGAGCCUUUAUUAUUUAUUGUUGAUCAAAGGAAACACAUGAAUGAAUUUUGACAGGCUACAUACACCACACCAAUCCACUUUACUAACCAACCACUAAUUUUACUUUUUUUUUUUUUUUCGUUUCACUUCAAUCAACAUCAUUGAAUCUUCAAAAACCCCAAUAUUGACCUUCUCACAAUCCUCACCAAUACAAAAUCAAACCCCUUCAAAACCCAUAUUCAACUCUUCACUCAUUUUCCUAUGUGCAAAACCAAAAUGGCCAUCAACGCCUCCACCCCAAAAUCAACAACCCCACGUUCCAAACGCACCACCCAAACACCCACAACACCAUCAUCAUCAUCAUCACCUAAACCCACACGUGCAAGUACCACAAUCACACGUGCAACCACCAAAACAAAAACAUCAUCAUUUUCCGACAACCCUUCAACCUCAUACGCCGGUUCAACCGGAUUCCAUCUCUCAACCGAUACAUCAAUCUCAAGCAGAACAUCCUUAACCUCUCUUCGCAACUCACUCCCAGAAAACCCAAACAUCUACGACUUCUCCGAAAUCUGUUCCGCCACAAAUAACUUCCUCUCCAAACGCUACUCUUCCUCAACACCAUGCUGGCGUUGCACCUUACGUAACUCUGACGUCAUCAUCUUCCAACGCAAAUUCCGUCGCAAACUCCAAACCCAACAGCUGCAAGAGCUUCUUUCCACCAUCUGUCGCAGCCACCACGUCAGCAUCGUGAAACUCCUCGGCGUUUCGAUCUCCGGUGAACAUAUCUACCUUGUUUACGAAUUCGUUAACGGUGCGAAUCUUUCAGAUUGUUUACGAAAUGCAAGAAACGUUCAUUACACUGUUCUUUCGACGUGGAUUUCGAGAAUGCAAGUUGCGACGGAUCUUGCUCAUGGAAUUGAUUAUAUUCAUAAUAAAACUGGUUUGAAUUUUAAUUUUGUUCAUAAUCAUAUCAAGAGUAGUGCGAUUGUUGUUACUGAACCGGAAUUCAAUGCUAGGGUUUGUCAUUUCGGUGCGGCACAGUUAUGCGGUGAAGCCGUUGAAAUUGAUUCAAAAAAUUUAGGAGAAAUCACUGAGGAAGAAGAUAGAUCGGUUAGAUCAAAGGAAUUUGAAGGUGUGAGAGGUUACAUGUCACCGGAGUUUCAAGCCACUGGCGUCGCAACGCAGAUGAGUGAUGUAUAUGCUUUUGGAGUGGUGAUGUUGGAGCUUUUGUCUGGUGAGGAACCGUUGAAGUUUAGGUUUGAUGAGAAGAGGCGUGAAUUUGUGAGAAUUUCGGUGAUUGAGUCAGCUAAGGAAGCCGUUGCAGCCGUGGACGGCGGUGGUGUGGAAGGGAAGCUGAGAAUGUGGGUGGAUAGAAGGUUGAAAGAUUCGUUUCCGGUGGAUGUUGCUGAGAAAUUGACACGUGUAGCGUUGGAUUGUGUACACUUGGAUCCAGAUAAGAGGCCUAAUAUGGGACGCGUUGCAGGGAAAAUCUCAACGCUUUAUUUGAAAUCAAAGAAUUGGUCUGACAACAUGAAAUUGCCUGACAUGUCUUUUUCAUUGGGCCCUAGAUGAUUUCUUAGGACACUUUUUUUUUUAUUUGAUUUUCUAAAUGAUUAAAUUGAAAUAACAAGUCAUUAUGAUAUGAUAAUUGAUAAGAGAUGUAGGAUGGAUUGAUCAUGUUGUUAGUUUUUUAAUUGGUAGAGAUGAUUGGUAUUUUUUUGAAUAGAAAUUGGUCUUGGAUGAUUCGAUUGUGACAAGAGUUGUGGAAGAUGUAUAGUAUAUGUUUAAUUUAAUGAUUGAUAUUAACAGCGUGAUAUUUUUGGUAA